GAGAUAAGGUGUCAGUAUUAUUCUGGGCGGAAUAGACACACACCCACGCGCACACACACACACACACAGAUGGCGCACAUACAGGAGUUAUCCAAAUAGAGGCCAUAGCAAAUAUCAGGUCGUUUCGACCACCCGCCCACACACUAAUUGACCUGAAUAAACCUAUUGACCUGAAUAAAUAUAUUGACCUGAGUAAAACCUCACCAGAAGACCACACACGUACGCACACACGCACACACAUAUAUACACACCGAUAUCGACACGCACCCCUCCGUCCCGUUAUACACACAAAGGUGCACACUGUACAGCCGCAUCAUCUCACAAUGGGUUGCCCAGGAGCCCCUCGUACUGCAGGGGCACCAGCACGCCGGGCAACACCUUGACAAACACCCGAUUGAGCUGUACGGGCCUGUUGUCCUUGUCCACACCCACGAUCUUGCUCUCAUCGAUCAGCAUGUUCAUCGGCGGUGGGUUGUCAAACGGGUAUUUCUGCACCAAAACAGCAGAGACCACACAAUGCCAUCCAUCCACCUAUGCCGUCUCUGUCUCUCUCCAUUGCCUGCCCACUUGUCUGCCCAGCAGUGAGACUUCGUCCGGGCAGUCGGUCUUUGAAAUGGAGUAGUCGUAUAUGUACGCCUCGCAGUCGUCGAGCUGCGCCUUCUCGUCGGGCAGCCGGCCGAUGUACGCCUUGGCGGGGAAGAAGGUGAUCUGGCUUUGGGCCAACUGCAGAAACAGACAGACAGACAGACAGACAGACAGACAGGGAGAGAGAGAGAGAGAGAGAGAGAGGGUGGCCGCACACACACACGUACAUUAGACCAUCUGUCGUGUGUGUGUCCAUGGUGGCAGCUCACCUUGGCCCCGUCAAGAGGGUUCAUCAGAGAGAAGAAGAAGUAGAAGUCCUCCCCCUUGCACCUGGUCUUCUGCAUGAAGGACCCUUCCCAGGCCAGCCCAAACAGCUCCCUGUACAAGUCGCCAGCCAAUGACGGGAGCACCGAAUAGAUGACCUCUCCGUAGGCCGGGCCGAGCAGAAAGUCGUCGUCGAUGCAGCCUGCAUGGCAUGAAUGUGCCAGCCCCCUCUCAACAAACACACAGAGAUGCGUCGUGCUGUUCGUGUACGCUUGCCUUUCAAGUAGAUGGCGUCCAGCUCCUCUUUGGUCCGAUUUCUCAGCUCCGACAAGGUGCUGACGGGGUGGUCGUCUUUGUCCAGGCAUCCGCAGUGAGCCAGCGGCACGCAAAGCGCCAGCAGACACGCAAAACCGCGCAUCAUCUGAUCGGCUUCCGG